GCAGACUCCUAGCAGGAAGAAAAAAACGUCGACACAGUGAAUAACAAGUUGGGGAAACGUAAACUCGUAGUAAACUGGUCGUUUAUUCGACGCAAGGGCGGAUUUUUGCUUAUUUCCUGUUGGUUUUUCAGGAGUAUUUGUUGAGAGGUGAAGCCGUCGUGUAACAGAAACGGACCCCGCUGGUCGACAUGUUUGUCAACGGGCUGCUCUCGGUGGCUUUGUUCUUCCUCGCAGCUACAGGUGUUAGUGGCUUUUCAGUCACUACUUCCAAUGCAGAUGUGCGCGUGAAAGAAAAUGCAGGGACUGACCUUACAUGCUCGUAUUCACCCGACUUUGGUUCAAAUGCUAGAGUUGAGUGGAAAUAUAUGGACCAGAAAGGCUCACAGGCGUAUGUGAUUUUUGAUGGGAAGCCAACAACGCCAUAUGCCGACCGAGUCACAAUGUACGGUAGUAAUCUGAGAUUCACCAAAACAACCCGUAAAGAUAAUGGAGUGUACGACUGUGAGGUGUCUGGCAACGGCCAGCCAGGGGAGGUCAGAGUAAAGCUGACUGUUCUGGUGCCUCCGUCUCCGCCCUUGUGUAGGGUUCCCACCUCGGUGACAACGGGCAAUACGGCCUUCUUGUCUUGCCAUGACAGUGACGGCUCACCUCCGCCCCAAUACAAGUGGUACAAAAAUGGCGUCCUUUUGCCCCCUGAACCUUCCAAGAUUGCUGGCUUCCAAAAUGCCACCUACAGACUGAAUACAAACAAUGGCGACCUGGAGUUUCCCGCCGUAACCAAGAUGGACUCAGCUCAGUACUACUGUGAGUCUUUCAACGAAGCCGGUCCUCCUCAGCGCUGUAAAGCUAUGCAAAUGGAAGUCCGUGACAUCAACACUGGAGGAAUAGUUGCUGGCGUAAUCAUUGUUCUGUUGCUUCUGGUCCUACUGGGAGUCGGCAUUUGGUACGCCCACAAGAAAGGAUACCUGCCCAAGAAGAGUGAAAGCAAACCAAAGUCCAACGUGGUCUACCAGCCCCCAUCAUUAAACGGUGGUGACGAUGAAGAUGGGGAUUUCAAACAGAAGUCAUCAUUCGUGGUAUAGUCUGUAAUAAACACCAGGUCACACCAGGACAACACCUCUGUUUUAAAUGUCUCAGCGUGGGGUUUUCCUCAAGGUUUUAGUGACGCCUUUCUGUUGAUGUGCUCCAAAGUUGCAGCUUUUAAGAGACCAGUGUGAUUGUUUGAGUUGACCGGAACACUUUACCCUCUCAGAUUCAUCCACUUGUGGGUUUGAAGUAUCAAGGUUUUGGGAAUAAUUUACUACCGACUGGCUUUCUUUUUACCGUAAUGUUGCUCCCAGUGACCCAUUUGUAGCCUGAGACAUUUUCCCACUUAUGUUUGGAGUGUAUGUUUCUGUGCGUUUCUGAUUGUUUUUGUGGUUCCAAUUAACAGAACUAUUUUUUGUUGUUUAAAUGAUGCAUCUGUAUGUAAACAUGUGAAAUGGUAGAGUAGACAUCAUGUCCUCUGCAACCGCAGUGUCUUGACUAUUUUUACCAUCUUAUUUUUAUUUUACUGACCAUCACCUUAAUGUCCUCCAGUCAGACUAUCUUACCGUCAAUGUCUCUGAGCUGAAAUGUUGACAGCUCUAAUAUCAAAGCAAAAUCAUAGCUGAGUGUCUGUGUGAUGUUUUAUCUUUUUGAACAAACUACAAAACUGUAAUGUACAAUAUUCCUUUUCUAUUAAAGUUUAUUAAGUGUAUCUUUCUUGUAAAUAACAAAACAGUUUUUACAUCUUUAAUUUAGAUACAAUUAAAUCUUCCUGCUAUUAACUACAAACUCUAUUACUGCUUUUAUGACAUUAAUAUUUUAGGUGCACAUUCUCUGGGGCUUAUCAUUUGUAGAAAUAAGUUGAAGCAAACAGAUGUAUGAGAUGAUUUUAGAGAGAGUGUAAGUUAAUGACCAAGUGUCAAACAAUGUUUUAAAUGACAAUAAUGUAAUCUUAUCAUAGUGAUUCAUUAUAUAGACGUGAUGGCCCUAAAGUGACUUUUCUCAGGUUGUGUUCAAGUUGUUUGAUAAGUUUAUAGAAUUUAUCAGGUACAAUAUUUAAAUUCGUAACGUUUUCUACACUGCUUGACCUUCCCUUCAUAGGAAUUUUAGAAUUGAUGAAUCAGCAGAUGGUUGUAUCUUUGCUUUACAUAUUGGUUAAUAAAAUGUUGUUGUUAAA